GAGUCUCUGACUGCCUCCUUCGCGUCCCCGACCUGAGCUCCUUCUCCAACCUGAGCUCGUUCUCUGCGUUCAGCUCUUUCUCUCUCGCUCUUCUCUGAAACCCUAGCGCUCUCCUCCCUCUCCUGCUCUCUUUCCACGGCUACUGUCUCUCCCUCAUUGAACUACUGCCUCCGUCCCCUCACCGGCUCCAUCGCCUCUGCCGGUGCUUUUCUUCCAACGCCACCACGUCGUUGCUCCGAGAUCCGAACCCCAACUGGUCCAACCUGCCUCCAAGGAGUUUAUCCUCCUCGAUUGGUGCGACUUCGAGCACCAAAUGCCAGCAUGGUUCUAAAGCUCGCUUCUCUCUCUCUCCCGCAGCCCCGCUCUCCUCUCUCUCUCUCUCUCUCUCUGUGUCUCUCUCCGGCACGGCCGCACGACGCCUUUUCUUUCUUCGACGGUGACGCCGUGAUGGACUGACGGUGCGCGGUGAGUCUGGGUUUCUGUUUCUCUUAAUUUCUGCUUCUGGGUCUUCACUCUUUAAUCGAUUUAUGGCUUCCUCUUAAUUUCUGCUUCUGGGUAUUCAAUUUUCAAUCUUCAAGUCUGGGUUUGUCUCGAACUCUACUAGGUGAAGCAGCUUCAAUUUCAGUUUUCGACUCGAUUUCGGAAACUUCAAGCUUGAACGCUGAGGACAAUGAGUAUUCGGAUGGAGUAGAUCCAUCACUUGAGUUUGUCAUAACCUCCCAGGACAUAACGGGCACGGGGGCUCCUGCUACAUUGGUGGUUUUCAAUAAUGAGAAGGGUUUCUCUGCAAAAAACAUAGACUCCAUUUGCAGUGUUGGAAGGUCCACAAAGAAAGGUAACAGGAAGCGUGGUUAUAUUGGGGAGAAAGGAAUUGGGUUCAAAAGUGUGUUUCUGAUCACGGCUCAGCCUUACAUCUUCAGUAAUGGCUAUCAGAUCAGAUUCAGUGAAGAGCCUUGUGUGCAUUGCAAUGUCGGAUACAUAGUUCCUGAAUGGGUCAAUCAGAACCCAACUCUAUCUGACAUCAAACAGAUUUAUGGUUCCAAUGCUGCCCUUCCUACCACUACACUGUUUUACCUCUAAAGGCCGAAAAGGUCAAGCCUGUGAAACAGCAGCUCUCAAGCAUUCAUCCUGAAGUUCUCUUAUUUCUGUCAAAGAUUAAGCGGCUCUCUAUCAGGGAAGACAAUGAGGAUCCAAGGAAGAAUACAGUAACUGCAAUUGAGAUAGCAAGCUAAACUGAUUUUGUGACCAGGAAGAAUAUUGAUGCUCAAUCCUACACACUCCGUCUUUCUGCAGAAGAAAAUGAUGACAAUGAUUCUGAAAGGGAAUGCAGUUACUACAUGUGGAAACAAAAGUUUCCUGUCAGGCAGGAAUUCAACGGUUUUACAGUUGGGGAGAUUCGAGAGACAGUUUUACAGUUGACAGCACCACCCCCGUUGGUGCAAGAGCUGAAGACUAAGAUGCAAAGUUCAGGAAUGCCUUGGCCUGGUGAUGAGGGUGAACAACGAUGGGAACAAGCAUGGUUGGCUAUAAAAAAGGUCUGGGCUUCAAAGUGGAAUGAGAGAGCAUACUUCAGCACAAGAAAAGUGAAAUUAGACCAUGAUUAUCUUUGCAUGGCUGUCCUUGUUCAAGAAAUAAUAAAUGCCGACUAUGCAUUCGUUAUUCACACAACUAACCCAUCUUCAGGAGACUCGUCGGAGAUAUAUGCCGAGGUUGUCAAAGGUCUUGGAGAAACCUUAGUUGGAGCUUAUCCUGGACGUGCCUUAAGUUUUAUUAGCAAGAAAAAUGCUCUGGACUCUCCUCAGGUGUUAGGUUACCCUAGCAAACCGGUUGGCCUCUUUAUCAGACGGUCCAUAAUCUUCCGAUCCGAUUCCAAUGGUGAAGAUCUUGAAGGUUAUGCUGGUGCAGGCCUUUAUGACAGAAGAGGAAGUCGUGCUUGACUACUCAUCUGACCCACUCGUUACUGAUGGGAACUUCCAAAAGACAAUUCUGUCCAGCAUUGCUCGCGCAUGACUCUGCUACAUGAUUGGAGGACUAUGCAAUUAGUAUUUUUAGUGAUCUGUAAGGCAGAAAUGGAGGAAUGUAUAGAUUUGAUAAUGGAAGAAUUAGAGAGUUUGUAAGAGUUAGUGAAAAAGUUUGUGAACCAGCUUUUAUGAUAUGUAAAACGAUAGCAUAUUCGGCAAACAUUAUAAGAUUGUAAUUACUA